AUGAGCUUUUCAGCUCUGCGCGAGCGUAUUCUCUCCUAUCUUCGCCAGCACGAUCGUGUUUGUACCAACAUUACAUUGCACAGGCUGGAUUUUGUGACGGACCAAGUCUUGCAAAACAACGUCGAAUUCAUUUCCAUAUCGGAUAACAAGACCAGCGCCGCCGAGCCAGGAAUUGUCGUUUCGCUUGCAGAUGUUCAGGUCGACCCCGGCAUCCCGGGAGUGGCUCCAUUGUCGUCGGUCGACAAUACUGUGCUCAUGCUGCAUUUGUAUCAGAUGAGCGAUGCCGACACGUCGGGAGCGAUCGACAUGGAUCAAGCACCCGGUUCAAACCACGAGCACCCGCCGUCGUUCCACGCCGACACGACGGGAUUCGAUGGCGAUCAAGCCGCCAUGAAUGGAGCACAGCCAACAUCCGGCGAGGAGACAGCGCAAGAGGAUGCCAGCUGCAUGGAAUAUGCAAUUCCAAACCGCGAGUUUCACGGUAUUUGGGAAAGCUUGGUGUUUGACCAAAACGGCCAAGUGCAAAGCCGUCUGUUACAGUACGCGACGACGGCCAUGUUGUUUUCCGAGUACAAUGUCAACUCGAACGUGGUGUCUUGGAAUCGCGUGAUUCUUCUGCAUGGGCCACCGGGCUCCGGCAAGACGUCGCUCUGCAAGGCACUUGCACAGAAACUUGCCAUUCGCCUGUCUGGACGGCAUUUCGCGCAAGGCCGCUUCAUUGAAAUCAACAGCCACAACCUCUUCUCCAAGUACUUUAGCGAGAGUGGCAAGCUGGUCGGGCGCUUGUUUGCACGCAUUCGUCAAGUCGUCCGCGAUGAGCGCACGUUGGUGUGCCUUCUGAUUGACGAGGUCGAGAGCAUCACGGCUGCGCGGCAGUCUGCUUCAACCGGCGCCGACCCUUCGGACGCGCUACGUGUCGUGAAUGCAGUACUCACACAGAUCGACUCUCUCCGCCAUAAUCGAAAUGUUCUGCUCAUGGCGACGUCCAACCUGACCAAGUGCAUCGAUGCUGCCUUCUUGGACCGUGCUGACAUCAAAAUGCACGUGGGAUAUCCGAGCUGGCGCGCAGUGUACACGAUCUUGUUCACUGCCAUCCAAGAGCUCAUGCUUCGAGGCAUCAUUGCUCCUGUCGAGCCUGUUCUCGAACUGCUCGCACUCGACAAUGUCGACAACCCUAGUGCCCCCGGCGUAUUAUCCAGCGUGCGACUCCGCGAUGCAGCCAAGGCGGCUCAGGGGAUCAGCGGGCGAACCCUCAAAAAACUCCCUCUGCUGGCUCACGCGUUCUACAGCAAUGGAACCGUUACAAUGACGCUUCAGGCCUUUAUCACUGCCUUGCACAACGUGGCGGAAGAUCAACAUCGCACUGCCGUCGAGACCGAGUGA